AUGGCGCCACCCGGAAUCGAACCGGGGCUAACACAGGAUUAUAUUUUAAAAAAUGCGAAAAAAAAAGUGGCGCCACCCGGAAUCGAACCGGGGCUAACACAGGAUUGUACAACCACAAUGUGUCGUCAUACCACUAGACCAUGGCACCUGAUCGUUGUAUCAAAUUCAGAUUUUGACAUUAUCAUCCACAACAAUCAGGCCAACGAUUCCACCACGUCAUAG